GAAAACAGUGUAAUGUUCAAUUCAUAAGAACAUAGCAAACGACAAAAAAAUGAGCUCUAGACACGAAGGCAACACAACUAAGAACAACUCUUUUUGUGAGCGGAUAGAUUUGGACUUUACGCACGUUUUCUUACCCACAGUUUAUGUGCUGGUGUGCGUAAUUGGAUUUUUCGCAAACGUCUUUGGACUGAAAUCGAUGUGCAGACGCUGGAGGACACUUGGAGACAUUAAGUAUUUCAUUCUGAAUCUGGGAAUCGCGGAUCUAUUAUAUGUUUCUACACUGCCGUUCCUGAUUAGUUAUUAUGCAGCCGACAGCACCUGGCAGUUUGGAACUGUGUUUUGCAAAGUCACACGAUUUUGCUUCAAUCUCAACCUUUACGGCAGUAUUGGUUUUUUGACCUGUAUAUGUGUGUACAGGUAUAUUGGAAUCGUGUACCCAAUGAAAAUCAAAACAAUUGUGAAUACGCGACUUUCUGUGACCAUAAGUGCAAUUGUUUGGACCUUGGUUGUCAUGCAAAUUCUACCUGAUAUGUUCUUUGAGAAAUCGCCGCCAAACUCCUCACUGGCCUGCUUUGAUAGCACUGGCAACAACUUCAUCAAGGACUACCUGCCUUACAGCAUUGGGUGGACUGUGGCUGGAUUUCUCAUUCCUCUGCUUGUCAUUAUUGUUUGCUACGGGCACGUGGCAUAUGUGCUCAUGACGAAGGCGAAUAUCAACACCCUUUUGAAGCAGAGGAGUCUUAAGUUGAUUCUCUUUUUAACGGUGCUUUUUUCGGUCUGUUUUCUCCCUUACCACAUUUUAAGGAAUCUUAAUUUGUCAACGAGGAUAUUGAAAAUGGAGGGAACUUGUCACCCAAUUUUUGAUGACAUUUAUAUAGCCUAUCAAGUGAGCCGAGGACUUGCCUGUUUGAACAGUGCCAUCAAUCCAAUCAUAUACUUGGUGGGCAACGACGAAUUUCUGAUGCGUCUCCACAGUCUCAGCAAACGAACUCGACGGUCCUUGGCACAGAUCACUGGGGUUGUCGCGUACCGCAAAUCACCACAAUACAUGGACUCCACUAUACAUACGGAGGCUGAGCUGAAAAUCUUACAACAGUGACAUUUUGUAUUUGCAUUUCUUGUAUUUUAACAUGUAAUGUAUUUGUUGUGAUGUUAAAUAGGCCUAUUCACCAUGCUCAGUAAUGACGUGAAAAACGCACUUACUCGGAUGUAAGCAGGUCCAUCUGUUACAGGUUUUUUUCAGUAUUGCUUGUGAUUGUGCUGCCCCUGGAUUUUUUGAUAAGCAGCCAAAUGUAUUUGCACAUAGUGAUUUUUGUAACAUAUUGUAUAGUACAUCUAGCCAUAAACAUGUCAAAACUGGAAGUUAAUAAAGGAGACC